AUGUCCAUGGAUACAAAUUCUCUCCAUCAGGCAGAUGUUGACAUAUCCAUCCCACGCCAUGAUACAAAUCUAGCAUCGCCAUCAUCGUCGAGAACAAUAAAUACACCAUCGCUGCCCAUCGAAAGCCGUCCAUCUUAUCUAGACGUGCCUUCGUUCCGCCCCUCUCGACCAUCGCUCGAUAGUACAUAUUCCGAUCUCUCCGAACUAUCUUUCCAUUCCAAUGAACUGCAAACUCAGCAUCCCAUCAUACGUUCCAUCCUACCACACGAUGCGAAAACCGCAUCACCUCCUCGCUCCCGCAUCGCGGCUGCUUUCCACUCAUUCUAUGUUACGAACUAUGGCGCAAUCUUGGUCCUGGCCUCUCAAGUCUUCGGUGCCGGUAUGAACGUCAGCACUCGAUUGCUUGAAACUCCAGGACCUCACGGCGCUGCUAUGCAUCCCUUCCAGAUCAUCUUCACUCGUCAGUCCAUCACCACUCUGCUCUGCACCACCUAUGGAAUCUACACCAAAGCCGUGCCUCACUUCCCGCUGGGCCCGCCAGAUGCCCGCUGGCUGCUCGUUCUCAGAGGUCUGUUUGGUUUCUUCGGCGUCUUCGGUCUAUACUUCAGUCUACUGUACCUACCGCUUAGCGAGGCCACUGUCCUGACGUUUUUGGCACCCAUCCUGUCCUGCUACAUCUGCAGCUUCAUCAUCCCGGGCCAGACAUUCAGUAAACAGCAACAGAUCGCAGGUUUCGUCAGUCUCGUUGGUGUGCUCUUCAUUGCACAGCCGGCAUCUUUGAUCUCCUCACCAACCAGCAAUCCCGAUUCCGUCCCAUCUCCCACCCACAAUAGCAAUAGCAAUACCUCCGCAUCAUCAAACUCCACGAGCCCAUCCCACGCCGCCGGACCACAAGACCCAACCACAGAUCAGCACCUCCUCGCCAUCGGAAUCGCCAUGCUCGGCGUCUUUGGCGCAACCGGAGCACUUACCCUGAUCCGCGCGAUCGGCACACGCGCCCACGCAUUCAUCUCCAUCAACUAUUUCUCCGCGUGGUGCACCAUCGUCUCACUAGCCGCCCUCCUCAUCUUCCCGGACGUCAAUUUCCGCUUCCCUGCGAACCUUACCGAAUGGGGUCUACUCUUGAGCCUGGGCGUCUGUGGCUUUGUCAUGCAGUUCCUGCUGACUGCCGGCCUGGCAUACGGUGGGCCCACGGCGGAAAGCCAUGCCAAAUACGGCUUCAACACGAGACCUCACCAAAGGCGUCAGUCAGGACAUAAGCCCAGGGAUGUGGAAAGCAAUGACGCAUCUGAAAGGCGAUGGAGCCACGAUCUUGAGACCCCUCCUCCCCCUCCUCCACCCAAUAGUCCCAAGACAAGCAGCAGCGGUACCCGCGCUACGAGCAUGGUGUACACACAGAUGCUUUUCGCGCUGGCCGGCGACAAAUUCGUCUUCGGCGUCAGCCCUGGCAUGAUGAGCUGGAUCGGCAGCGUGCUCAUCCUCGCCGGAGCCAUCUGGGUCGCCAGUGCAAGGGACAAAGACGAACAGGACCGCAACGGAAGGGGUGGAGAUGGAGAGGACGAUGGAAACAUCAACAUCGGCAGACGAGGAUCUCGUCAUGCAGCGCACAGGCAGACUAAGCAUGCGGACACGGCAGUAGUGCGAGAAACCGGGGAGGCGACGGGGCUGAUGAAUGAUAUUGACGACAUUGACGACCGCAACAAUGAUGCUGAGGAUAAUGAUGGAAGUAACGACAUGCACGCGAGUCACAGGCGGCACGGCCAGCCCGAGAGCGUCGAGUUGCGCGACCUGAGCCCUGUCCAGCAGAGCCUGGCCUUGAACAUGAAUGUCCCACACGCGCAGAUGCCCUUGGCAAGUAACUACGUAUGA